AUGGUGGACGUCGGGGCCAAAUUAGACACGAGGCGCACAGCAGUUGCUACGGCUGUUGUCCGCUUGGGGCCGAAGCUCUUCCACAUGGUCCAGACCAACCAACUCAAGAAGGGUGACGUCCUCACGGUGGCACACAUUGCCGGCAUCCAGGGUGCCAAAGUGACCAGCCAACUCAUCCCCCUUUGCCACAAUAUCCCCUUAAGUCAGGUCAACGUUUCUCUAAACCUGGACGAUUCUCGGUUUACUGUGACGAUCAGUGCCGAAUGUAGCACUUAUGGUAAAACGGGUGUAGAGAUGGAAGCGCUGACCGCGGCCAGCGUGGCGGCUUUAACCAUCUAUGACAUGUGCAAAGCUGUCACGCAUGACAUAGUCAUCGAAGAAGUGAAGCUGGAGAGCAAAACCGGAGGACAGAGAGGAGACUUCCACCGUCAGCCAAAACCAUAG